GGUUGCCCGUGGCAGCGUGAACGGCAACCGAAAGCGUGCCGCCGAAGAUGUCAAGGUGUCAGGCAUUGAUCUCAGCAAGACCGGCAUUGACAAGUCUGGCAAACCGUCGAAUCUCGCAUCUGCCACGCAUCUCAAUGAUGACGAUGAGGUCAAGCGCAAGUUUAGGGAGCUUCCUGACAUCAUGCCCACCGUAUCUGAGACUGGGGAUGCUGCGCUUGCUAAUAGCCUUGAUGAUCAGGACGAAGGCGAGGACGAUAUACGCUCGGAUGACGAAGAGGCCGAGGCGGCUCGUGAGGCUGCGCAAAAGCGAGCUCAGGAAGCCCAAGCUGGGCAGGAUGACUUCGAGAUGGCUGACGGUGAAGAAGCUGCGGCUGCACAGGCGACGGCUGCAGCCAACGAAGACAUUGACAUAGUUGCAGUGGAUGAGGACGAUCCGCUGGAUGCUUUUAUGAAGGAUCUCGAGGUACCAGCAGCACCAGGAUUCAUUACUGCAAAGCGGUACACGACCUCACGCUCAAAGGAGCCUCAAGUUUUCAACAACAGCGAUGACGAAGCAGAUCUUGAUGCUGUUGGUCAAAAUACUGAUGACAUACUCGCCAUCGCCGCCAAGCGAAAGAAGAAGGAGAUUCCUACUGUUGACCACAGUAAGAUCGAGUACGAGCCAUUCCGCAAGGCCUUCUAUAAUGAGUCCGUCGAGCUAUCCGACCUCACCGAAGAUGAUACAGACAUGUUGCGUGCCGAGCUUGACAACAUUGUCGUCAAGGGAGGUAAUGCUCCAAAACCGAUCCAGCAGUGGUCGCAAGGCGGCUUCGGUGCGCAGAUACUCGACGUCAUCCGCGAUCGCAAAUUCGAAAAGCCUACCCCGGUGCAGGCACAGACUCUUCCGGCAAUCAUGUCUGGACGCGACACGAUCGGAAUUGCGAGGACCGGUUCCGGCAAGACUGUGGCCUAUCUUUUGCCAAUGUUUCGGCACAUCAAGGAUCAGCGUCCGCUAGACAAUCUCGAAGGGCCAAUUGCAUUGAUCAUGGCUCCCACCCGCGAGCUUGCGACUCAGAUCCAUCAUGAGUGUAAGCCAUACACAAAGGCGCUCAACCUGCGCGCCGUCUGCGCUUACGGUGGUGCGCCGAUCAAGGAUCAAAUUGCGGAUUUGAAGCGUGGUGCGGAAAUUUUGGUGUGCACGCCUGGUCGCUUAAUUGAUCUGCUUACCGCCAAUUCAGGGCGUGUCACGAACCUCAAGCGUGUCACGUAUGUGGUCCUUGACGAAGCCGACCGAAUGUUCGACAUGGGCUUUGAGCCACAAAUCACGAAGAUCCUUGGCAAUAUCCGGCCCGACAAGCAGACUGUGCUCUUCUCGGCCACGUUCCCAGAGAAGCUGGAGAAGCUUGCACGUAAAGUCUUAACGAAGGGUCUUGUCAUUACUGUCGGAGGCAAGAGCGCUGUUCCUCCAGAAGUCACGCAAGUCGUAGAAGUGCGCGAGAGGAGCACGAGGUUCCAUCGUCUUCUUGCCCUGCUCGGCGACCUCCACGCUCAAAGCGAAGAGAAUCUGAGCUUGGUAUUUGUCCAGGAGCAGGCCACCGCAGACAGGCUGGCACUGGAGCUUAACAAGAAAGGCUUCCCAACGAACUCCAUCCACGGUGGCAAGGAGCAGAUCGACCGUGAUCAGAUCAUCAGCGAUUACAAGGCUGGACACUGGCCCAUUAUUAUCGCGACUUCGGUUGCGGCGAGAGGUCUCGAUGUCAAGCAGUUAAAAUUGGUCGUCAACUAUGACUCGCCAACGCACAAGGAGGAUUAUGUCCAUCGUUGUGGUCGAACAGGUCGGGCAGGCAAUACUGGCACCGCCGUCACUUUCAUUACGCCAGAAGAGGACCGCUUCGCUUCAGCUCUGAUCGCGGCGCUUACAGACAGCAACCAGGACGUUCCCGAAGCUCUUACCAAGCUUGCCCAGGACUUCGAAGAGAAAGUGAAGGCCGGCCAGGCGAAGAAGAUGGGUUCAGGUUUUGGUGGUAGAGGUAUUGAAAGGUAUGAUGCUUCGCGCGAUGCAGAGCGUGCGCGUGAGCGGAAGCAAUAUAAAACUGGUGACGAGCCGGAUGAAGACGAGGAAGAGGAUGGAAAGGACGAGAAGAGCAAGAAGAAGCAGAGCGAGGUUGACAAGCUGGUGGCGAAAGCGACUGGCCAGGUCCGAGCCAUCGAUAACAAGGAGAACGAAGAGUCGAAGAACGAAGACCAGGGCUUGAUCCCGAGUGCGCUUAACGAUCACUUGACCAGAGCGAUGAAGGUCGAGAAGAAAGUAAACGCACCAAAGGCUGCCGUAGCUGUUAACGAUCCACUUGCGAGAGCCGCUGCGGCUGCUGCCAGCAUCAACAGCCGUGUCGGCGGUCGUGGCUCCGCCCGCGCCGGCUACCCCGUCGACAACCGCGGUCCCGACGCUGGUCUCUUCCACGCCACGCUCGAAAUCAACGACUUCCCGCAGAAGGCCCGCUGGGCGGUCACAAACCGUACCAAUGUCGCGAAGAUCCUCGAGGCUAGUGGCACAUCGAUCACGAGCAAGGGCACUUAUUAUGCGAAGGGGAGCGAGCCGGGACCCAACGAUCAACCGAAGCUGUACAUUCUCGUGGAGGGUGACACCGAGCCCAUUGUUGAGACGGCCAUGAGUGAGCUGACACGCCUGCUGAAGGAAGGCACGAUCGCGGCGAUGGAGGAAGAGGUUAGGAGGCCCACGACAGGGCGGUAUAGCGUGAUCUAAAUGAGGGAGGCGGAUGCUGAGAAGUGUCUGCGGAUGCGCGCAUGCGUUGAUGACGACUAUAGCUGGCAUUGGCGCUUGUGGCGUGAGACUGCAGCGGAAGUGCUUUGGUAGGAAGCCCGCUUCUUGGUGGUGUCUUAAUUGCAGGCCAGCCUAUAGUCCUCGGCCUAUAAUGACUGGCGGCCUGCAAGGCGUAUGCACGAUGACUUGCGUCCCUCCGCCCUGCAGAUGCACUUCAGUGGAGUACAUGUAUGCUUUCACGGCGCAUUGUCCAGCAUUGUGUCAUUGCGGCUAAGGUUCGAGAUAUAUGGCAGCUGCUGUAGGAAAAAUGACCAUCACAUAGUAGCUGUCGCUGAC